AGUAAUCAGUUGCAAUUAGGCAUUAAUUAAGUAUUAUGAAAGUUGAUUAUUUAAGUGAAUUCGGCUUUCGACUCUCCGACUAUGAGUUUGGGGCCAAAGAGAGGAACAUGGAACUUGGUACAGCUGAAGGAGCUCUGUGCGCUGACCCGCCCUCAGGAAAACCCGCAAUGGCUGCCAAGCGCAAAGGCGGCCUGAAGCUCAACGCCAUCUGCGCCAAGCUGAGCCGUCAGGUGGUGGUGGAGCAGGGGGCAGAGCCGGGAUCCCGGCCGGAGGCGGGACCCCGCAGCCCCGCGGCCCCCAGGGACAAGGAUCGCAGUGGACCCGAGGCCGGGCCUGCGGGGGCGGCCCGGGCCCCCCGCACCGAGGAGGACAAACGGCGGGCGGUGAUCGAGAAGUGGGUCAACGGGGAGUACGGCGAGGAGCCAGCAGCCCCCGUGGCCAGAGGUGUCCCCUUGGCCAGGGGCGCCCGGGAGGGCCCAGAAUUGCCCCCGGAGGGCGUCUACAUGGUGCAGCCUAAGGGCUGCAGUGACGAGGAGGACAACCCUGGGGAGGAGCCCCGGGGCCCCGCCACCUCUUCUCAGGCCAGCAGUUUCCUGGACGAACGGGACUCGGAUGGGGCAGCCACCAAGGAAACCAGCGGACACGGCACCAAGCAGGCCUCAGGGGAGGCCUCCUCGCUGCGUGACUAUGCAGCCACCACCAUGAACGAGUUCCUGGGCAUGUUUGGCUACGAUGACCAGAAUAUGCGGGACGAGCUGGCCCGCAAGAUCAGCUUUGAGAAGCUCCGCGCCAGCCCGGCCCCUGAGACGGCCCCGGCCCCGGCUCCCACGGCGGCUGAGGAUGCCCUGGGCAAGCGGGCCCGUUUCUCCAAGUACGAGGAGUACAUCCGCAAGCUGAAGGCCGGAGAACACCUGUCCUGGCCCGCCCACGCCGCCAAAGCCGAGGACGUGGCGGCCAGGCUGGGCGCCGGCAAGGAGGCGGGUGCCCUGGCCGGGCUGAGGCUGCCCACCCCCAGCACUGCCCACCUGGAGACCAAGGCCACCAUCCUACCCCUGCCUUCCGCCGGCACCUCCCAUAUGCAGGGCUUCAUGGCCCGGGCCUCUAAGUAUGACUUCUUCAUCCAGAAGCUGAAGACUGGCGAGAGCCUGCGGCCCCAGAAUGGCAAUACCUACAAGAAGCCGUCCAAAUACGACUUGGAGAAUGUCAAAUACCUGCACCUGUUCAAGCCCGGAGAGGGCAGCCCGGACAUGGGGGGUGCCAUCGCCUUCAAGACAGGAAAAGUGGGGCGGCCCUCCAAGUACGACGUCCGCAACAUCCAGAAGCUGGCCCCGGUGAAGGUGCCCCCAGCCCCCAGCCUGGCCCCCGCCCCUCUGGCCAGUGCCCCCGGUGCCCCGGGACCCGGGCCUGACCCACCUGUCUCCCUACCCUUCAAUACCCCCGAGUAUCUCAAGUCCACCUUCUCCAAGACGGACUCCAUCACCACGGGGACGGUCUCCACCGUCAAGAACGGAUUGCCCACAGACAAACCAGCUGUCACCGAAGAUGUAAAUAUUUACCAGAAAUAUAUUGCCAGGUUCUCUGGCAGUCAGCACUGUGGCCACAUCCACUGCGCGUAUCAGUACCGCGAGCAUUACCACUGCCUCGACCCGGAAUGCAACUAUCAGAGAUUCACCAGUAAACAGGAUGUGAUCCGGCACUACAACAUGCACAAGAAGCGGGACAACUCCCUGCAGCACGGCUUCAUGCGCUUCAGCCCUCUGGAUGACUGCAGCGUCUACUACCAUGGCUGCCACCUCAAUGGGAAGAGCACACACUAUCACUGCAUGCAGGUGGGCUGCAACAAGGUCUACACCAGCACGUCUGACGUGAUGACCCACGAGAACUUCCACAAGAAGAACACCCAGCUUAUCAACGAUGGCUUCCAGCGCUUCCGGGCCACUGAGGACUGUGGCACGGUGGACUGCCAGUUCUAUGGGCAGAAAACCACCCACUUCCAUUGCAGGCGCCCCGGGUGCACCUUCACCUUCAAGAACAAGUGUGAUAUCGAGAAGCACAAGAGCUACCACAUUAAGGAUGAUGCCUACGCCAAGGACGGCUUCAAGAAGUUCUACAAGUAUGAGGAAUGCAAGUAUGAGGGCUGCGUGUACAGCAAAGCCACCAACCACUUCCACUGCAUCCGGGCCGGCUGCGGCUUCACCUUCACGUCCACCAGCCAGAUGACCUCGCACAAGCGCAAGCACGAGCGGCGGCACAUCCGCUCCUCGGGCCACGUGCUCGGCCUGCCCGCCUCCCUGCUGGGCGCCAAGGACCACGAGCAGGAAGAGUCGAGCAACGACGACCUCGUCGACUUCUCGGCCAUGAGCAGCAAGAACUCCAGCCUCAGCGCGUCGCCCACCAGCCAGCAGUCUUCCGCCUCCCUCCUCGCGCCCGAGGCCGCCGCCGCCGCCUCCGCCCCGCCGGCCGCCGCCGCUGCCACCAAGCCAGCCAGCAGCAAGACCCCGGGCCUCCUGGCCCAGGCCCUGCCCAGCAACCUCCCGCUGGCUUUGGCCCUCUCCAACUCGGGCAUCCCCACCUCGGGGCCCUUCUUCCCCAUCCUCCCCGGCCGAGUCGGCGCAGCGCUGCCCGUGGGGGCCGCCCACCUCAUGAGCGCCAUGACGGCCGGUGCCGCCUCGGCCGGGGCUGCCGACGUGCCCCCCUCGGCGGGCCCCGGGACCGGUGAGGCGGCCCCCGUUCCCACCGCCGCUUCCGCCUUGGCCUCCCCGGUGCCCGCGGCCUCCAUCAUGGAGCGGAUCUCUGCCAGCAAGGGCCUCAUCUCCCCCAUGAUGGCUCGGUUGGCUGCCGCCGCGCUCAAACCCACGGCCGCCUUCGAAGCAGGCAAUGGGCAUCAGACCACCCCGGGGCGGUUCCCUCCGCCACAGGUAAAGCAGGAGUCGGGCGAGGGUGCUGUGGCAGCCGGCUCACAGGAGACCUUGCAGGAGCGCAGUCUGAACCUAAGUGUCAAGGAGCACAGUAAUGAAUCAAAUGGCCACACAGUCGCGGCAAAUUCAUCUCUUUUAUCCUCGCUUAUGAAUAAGAUGUCCCAGGCCAACCCCAACCUCGGCAGUCUGCUCAGCAUCAAGGCGGAAGCGGAUGGCAGUCAGCCCGCAGAGGCCGCGCCGUACCUGGGCAAGGCGGUGAAGGCCUUGGUGCAGGAGAAGCUGUCAGAGCCUUGGAAGGCCUACCUCCGCAAGUUCGGCACCAAGGAUUUCUGCGAUGCCCACUGUGACUUCCUGCACAAGGCCCAUUUCCACUGUGUGGUGGAGGAAUGUGGGGCCCUCUUCAGCACUGUGGAUGGGGCCAUCAAACACGCCAACUUCCACUUCCGCACAGAGGGAGGAGCCGUGAAAGGAAAUGCCGCCGAUUCUUCCUUCCCUCUCUCGGCCGCCACUGACACCAAGGCUUCCCUAGCCCCAUCGUCGCCUCCUGCACCUUCAGCAGCUGUGACUUCCACCCUGGAGGGGCCCGCUCCCAGUCCGGCUCCGCUGCCCUCCGCCCCCACACUCCUCGCCUGGAAGCAGCUGGCUUCCACCAUACCCCAGAUGCCUCCACUUCCAGCAUCAGUGCCUAGCCUGGCGGCUUCGCCUUUGGCAACGACGUCCCUAGAGAACGCCAAGCCCCAAGUCAAACCAGGAUUCCUGCAGUUCCAGGAGAACGACCCCUGCCUCGCGACCGACUGCAAGUACGCCAACAAGUUCCACUUCCACUGUCUCUUUGGGAACUGCAAGUACGUCUGCAAGACUUCGGGCAAGGCCGAGUCCCACUGUCUGGACCACAUCAACCCCAACAACAACCUGGUGAACGUGCGAGACCAGUUUGCCUACUACUCCCUGCAGUGUCUCUGUCCCAACCAGCACUGUGAGUUCCGGAUGCGAGGGCAUUACCACUGUCUCCGGCCUGGGUGUUAUUUUGUGACCAACAUCACCACCAAGUUGCCCUGGCACGUGAAGAAGCAUGAGAAAGCUGAGCGGCGGGCAGCCAACGGAUUCAAAUACUUCACCAAGCGGGAGGAGUGCGGCAGGCUAGGCUGCAAGUACAACCAGGUCAACAGCCACUUUCACUGCAUCCGCGAGGGCUGCCAGUUCUCCUUCCUCCUCAAGCACCAAAUGACAUCACAUGCCCGGAAGCACAUGCGGAGGAUGCUGGGGAAGAACUUUGACCGUGUCCCCACUCAGGGACCCCAGAGCCUCCUGGACCCGGAGACGGACGAGUACCUGGAUUACACCGGCUGCAGCCCCGGGGCCGUCUCCUCCGAGUCCUCCACCAUGGACCGCAGCUGCUCCAGCACCCCGGUGGGCAACGAGAGCACUUCGGCAGGGAACACCAUCACCAUGCCCACCGCCUCGGGAGCCAAAAAGCGCUUCUGGAUCAUCGAGGACAUGUCGCCCUUCGGGAAGCGCCGCAAGACGGCCUCCUCGCGCAAGAUGCUGGACGAAGGCAUGAUGCUAGAGGGCUUCCGGCGCUACGACCUCUACGAGGACUGCAAGGACGCCGGCUGCCAGUUCUCCCUCAAGGUGACCCAUUACCACUGCACGCGGGAGAACUGCGGCUACAAGUUCUGCGGGCGGACCCACAUGUACAAACACGCCCAGCACCACGACCGCGUCGACAACCUGGUCCUGGACGACUUCAAGCGCUUCAAGUCGUCGCUCAGCUGCCACUUCCCCGACUGCCAGUUCUCAGGCAACAGCACGCACUUCCACUGCCUGCGCUGCGGCUUCCGCUGCACCGACAGCACCAAGGUGACGGCCCACCGCAAGCACCACGGCAAGCAGGACGUCAUCAGCGCCGCCGGCUUCUGCCAGUUCAGCUCCAGCGUGGACUGCGAGGUGCCGGACUGCAAGUACAAGCUCAAGUGCUCUCAUUUCCACUGCACCUACCCCGGCUGCAAGCACACGGUGGUGGGCAUGUCGCAGAUGGAUUCGCACAAGCGCAAGCACGAGAAGCAGGAACGCGGGGAGCUCCCGGCCAUCUCCCCCGGCCCCGAGGGGCUCCCCGCCUCCGCCCUGGAGUUCGAACCCCAGGAUUCGGCCGUCAACCUGGACGGCUCCCUCAACCUCAGCACUGACCACAGCGGCUCCCUCUUCUUCCUCCAGAACGCGGCCGGCCUUGGCCUCAAUGACUCUCUGGACCUCAGCAAGAAGCCGCCGGAGACCCCCGGGCCGACCCCAGGCCCGGGGGAUGCCCCCCAGGAGGGUCCCGCCCCCCCCAACCCCCUGAGUGCUCCCGCCGCCCUGGCUUCUAGCUCCAGAGGGGUGGGCGACUCCUCCCAGGAGGAGGAGGAGGAGGAGGAAGAGGAGGAGGAGGAGGAGGAGGACAUGAAUGAGGAGGCGGAGGAUGAGGACGAUGAGGAGGAUGACGAUGAAGAGGAGGACGAGGACGAGGACGAAGGGGAGGAGGACGAAGAGGAGGACGAGGAGGAGGACGAGGAGGAGGAUCUGAACACGGAUUCUGAAGAGUCCCUCCCAGACCCCUCAGGAGCCCAGGGCGCCGGGGAGAGAGAGGAGGCGUCUUCCGUAAACCACAGUGAAGCUUCCAGGCCGGCUGGAGAGCCGGCACCCCCCACUGCUGUCUCUCCGUAGCGUUCGGGACAAGAUUUGUUUCCGGUUUUUAAAUUUUGAAACAAAACUCCUAAAGGAAGGAAGACAGAGAGAUACAGUAGAGGCCCCCGAGCCUCCGGCCAGGCCGGAAUCCCCCGCUCCACCCCAC